UCUUUACAUAAUUUUGACAUGACAUGGUACAAGUCGAAAGAUGUGUGGCGUAGAUGAAAAUGCAACUUCCUGUUAAGAAAGGGCCUUAAUGCAAAGCUGAAGGAGAGAGUGUCUUUGACACUAGAGACUCUGUCUGCAGACCCAAAAAAAGAAGCGUGAGGAGUUUUAGACACAGCUGCAACUAGACCAGUUGAUUAGACGAAUAACAAAACGACAUAUGGUGUCUUAGAAGAGGUGAACUCUUGGAUAUGGCGAUAUUUUUUGGACCAGGGCCCUUGCUUUUGGUCCUAUGCUUUUUUCAAUGUGGAACGAUGGCAGGCAAUCUGACCACCUCCUUGAAUUCUGUCACUCCAACAGUCACGCCUGCAAAUACCACAAGAGCCAUAAGCCCCUCACCUGCACACACUUUUACACAAACCUCAAAAUCAACAGAUAGAACCAAAGGAACAGUAGGCCACACAAACAACUCUCUUGCACGCAUCACAGAACAACAACACAAAAACACAACAUCUACUCAGUUUACAUCUGCAGCAGGUGGAUCGAAAGAUGGCAAUCUGACCACCUCCUUGAAUUCUGUCACUCCAACAGUCACGCCUGCAAAUACCACAAGAGCCAUAAGCCCCUCACCUGCACACACUUUUACACAAACCUCAAAAUCAACAGAUAGAACCAAAGGAACAGUAGGCCACACAAACAACUCUCUUGCACGCAUCACAGAACAACAACACAAAAACACAACAUCUACUCAGUUUACAUCUGCAGCAGGGAAUGGGUCUGAAAAUAUGAACCAGACUGAGAAUAAAACCUCCCCUACACCCCCACUCACCACCUCGCAUCAACACCACGCCAACACCACAGCGGCAGUUCCCUUAGCCACAGGCCUCUCACCCACACGCAGUUUUACACAAACCCUCAAAACUACAGAUCCAGGUGCAAGGAAUGUCACCAACUUACCUACAAGCACCAGUAAACCUCUCACCUCCACUCAAUCCAACUCAACCUCACCUGCACACACCAGCACCAUCAAGCGUCAAACCGAUAUUUCAGCACGCCAAUGUGAAUAUAGGCUUGAGAAAAGUAAUCAUACGGUGAACGUCAGUAUUUUCAAUAGCCAAGCGCAAACUCUCAAGAUAACAGUAACUACUAACCAGAUGUUAGCUUGUCAAUAA